UCAUUUUUCAACGUGUAACCAGGCACUACCUCAGUGGCAGAUUUUGACCGUGCUAGCAAUGCACUUUGGCCACUUCAUAACAAGACAGCGAACUCUGAAUUGGACAUUAGACCAUGACGGAGGAGGCUUUCGAUGUGGUGGUGGUGGGUUCCUGUAUGACUGACUUGGUCAGCCAGGCACCAAGGCUACCCAAGGCGGGGGAGACCAUCCACGGUCACAAGUUCUUCAUUGGUUUCGGAGGCAAAGGGGCAAACCAGUGUAUUCAGGCCGCUAGAAUGGGAGCCAAGACUGCCAUGGUCUGCAAGGUUGGCAAAGACUUCUUUGGAGAAAACUACAUCCAGAAUUUCAAGGACAAUGGUGUAUCCACAGAGUUUGUGGGGCAGACGGUUGACUCGGCCACUGGUGCUGCCUCCAUCAUUGUCAACGAUGCAGGGGAGAAUGCCAUUGUGAUCGUGGCUGGUGCCAACCUGCUACUGGGUGGCGAGGAUCUGCGGCGGGCACUGCCAGCCUUAAGCCAUGCCAAGGUAAUGGUGUGCCAGCUGGAGAUCAGCCCGGACACCUCCCUGCAGGCCCUGCGCCUGUCCCAUGAGAACAACGUGAAGACCAUUUUCAACCCAGCACCGGCCAUUCCAGACCUGGAUCCUGAAUUCUAUAGAGCUUCCGAUGUGUUCUGCUGUAACGAAUCAGAGGCAGAGCUGCUGACGGGGGUGGCCGUGGCGAGUAUAGAGGAUGCUGGCCGGGCCGGUGAGGAGCUGCUGAGGCGAGGCUGCAGCUCGGUCAUCAUCACCCUGGGCUCCCGGGGCUGCGUUGUGCUGUCGGCACAGGAGCCCUCGUCCCCAUCACACCACGUCCCCACCAAGCCGGUGACAACAGUGGAUACCACGGGAGCUGGAGACAGUUUCAUUGGUGCCCUGGCCUUCUACAUGGCUCACUUCCCUACAAUGUCCCUGGAAGAGAUGGCCAGGAGAGCCAAUCAGGUGGCAGGAGUGAGUGUACAGACAAUUGGGACACAGGCGUCUUAUCCCUCUAAAAAGGACCUACCCACAGACCUUUUCUAGAGAAGACAGCAACUUGCACGCUAAAUGGACACUGUGAGCCUGAACUAUCUAAAACACUGUGCCAAGUACUGUAUCAAGUAAUUAAACGACUAUGUAAAUAACUUAA